AUGUUUACCCGUCUUAACCAGAUGCUGUACCCCUCGUCGGCCAACCCCAAGUUCAUGCCGAGCGAUCCAUGGUCCUUCAUCUGCUUCCACGUGCUCCACACUGUGCUGCUGGUCUUCCACCUCGCCUACUCCCUGGUCCACUUUGUGCAAUAUGUGGCCCAUAGAAUCAAGAUCCGAGGCCUCGCCAUCUCCUACCAUCACAACCGAACCCCCCAGCUCAUUUCUCAUGACGUCGCCGACCUCACCAAGCUGCCCAACCACCUGGCCGUCAUUGUCGACCUGCAGGAUGGCUCUGAAGAGGGCGGAGGAGUGGAAGGUUUGGUUGCCCAGAUCUCGGAGAUUGCAGCCUGGUGUUGCGGAACCGGCGAAAUCAAGCAGCUGUCAGUAUACGAACGAACCGGAUGCCUCAAAUCUUACAACAUCAAAGACGUGUACAAACUGGUGGAAGAGGGAAUGAGAUCAUACUACGGCUCGGAGAUGCCCUCCAUCAAGAUCGACGUACCCCACUCUGGAGCAGCUCACCCAACAGGAGAAUCCAACGGCAAGGUGGUCAACAGAAAGACCGACAAUAAGAAUGAUCUCACCAUCCACCUGCUGUCCGAGGAGGAUGGUCGAGAAUGUCUGGUCGAUCUCACCAAGACCCUGUCGGAGCUGGCCAUUGCUAAAAAACUCAAGCCACGUGAUAUCACUGUGGACGUCAUCGAUGAGCAAAUGAACAUGCUCGUUGUAACUGAACCAGAAUUGCUCAUUGUCUUUGGUCCCCAGCUUGACCUGCAGGGCUUCCCUCCCUGGCAGAUUCGUCUCACAGAAAUCUACCACCAGCCUGAUAACGACGCCGUUACCUACGGAGUCUUCCUCAAGGCUCUUCAGAGUUUUGCAUCUUGUAAGCAGAAUGUUGGCAAGUAA